GCAUCAUGCAGUAUGGAUUUGGAUUGAAUUGAUACGACUCAGUUCAAUCCAAUCCAUUUCAUCAUUAAUGAUGUCAAUUGAAUAACUAUGCUAUUCGCAAUUGCCACAACAAUCCUCUGGAUUUCAACUUGGCUCAUCACAUCAAUUAUUAGAUGAGCCUUCCAGUAAAGAGGUACGGUACACAUCUCUUCACUUUCAAUAUCUCGCGACUGCAUAAAAUGAUGAAUGGCACUGGGCUCCGACAGUUCCAAAAUGGUUCUGGUCUUGAUGGAUAUGCCAUUUUGCGGCAGGCCUAGAAAACCUCGCCCACUGAUUUCAGUCACAUUAUCAGCAUCUGCUGCACACAUGUUUGAUAUAUGGUUUCUGAUUUUGGAAACAGAUUUUGGUAAUCCUUUGGGUACCUAUUUAAUGUUCCAGGUCUUGAUUGACUCUGGUCACCACCACCUCCAUGAGGGCUGUAGCAUAAGGAUUUUGAAUUGCUACAACCCUCUUGAUAGUCAAUUUUACGGUAUCAACUUGUUUUGUUUCUUGGAUUCAAUGUCCUGUCAAUUCAGGUUGACAUCGUCUCGCAUCAUGUUGCAUGGUGCCGUUUGACCUUGGGUUCACAUUUAUGAUAUAGAAAACUUUCAUACUUGAGUGUAGCUCAUUCAUUCCCGUUCA